CUUCGGGGCCGACGAAAACGCCGAAAAGGCCUGAUUCAGUAUAUAGAAGGGAGGGAGGAACUGGGAGAGGUCAACCUUGGGAUCUCUAUAUCUAGCCUAAGCAUAGAGCCGCCGUUCUAGGAUAAAUCCUCUCUCAAAUUUCACAGAGCGCAAUGACCUCUCCUUUACUUGCCUUACUGGCGCUGUCAGUAUGGCCUCUCAACGGCUUCUGCUUAACCACACCUUGCGGGCCUGGACAUCCGGUUGUCAGUCGUGCAAUCAGCAACGGCACAGAGACCCCAGCCUAUCGAGAUUCUUCCCUGGGUAUUGACGAUAGAGUCGACGACCUCCUUCAGCGGAUGACCCUCGAGGAGAAAGCUGGCCAGAUGUUUCAUGCAAUGCUGUAUAUGGGUCCUAAUGGCACAUUAUACGAGGGGGGUGAAGAUUUCCUCGGAAAUAGCACAGACUUCGUGAUUGGGACUCAAUACUUAACAUAUUUCAACCUCGUUGGCGACAUCACCGACGCCCGGCAGACGGCUGAGUUCUACAACCGCGUCCAGAAACGUGCUCUGGAGACUCGCCUUGGCAUUCCCGUCACACUAUCCUCUGAUCCUCGGCACCACUUUACCGAAAACAUCGGAACUGGUUUCGCCGCAGGCCGCUUCUCUCAGUGGCCUGAGACUCUCGGAUUAGCCGCGCUUCGAGACGCUCAGCUAGUUCGAAAAUUCGCCGAGAUCGCCCGCGAGGAAUAUAUGGCCGUCGGACUACGUGCUGCGCUGCACCCGCAAGUAGACCUGGCGACAGAACCGCGCUGGGCACGAAUUGCUGGAACUUUCGGUGAGGAUUCAACCCUAACUGCUGAACUCCUUACCGAAUACAUCAAGGGUUUCCAAGGCGAGGAAUUCGGUCCUACAUCUGUGAGUACCGUGACAAAGCAUUUUCCCGGCGGAGGGCCGAUGGAAAAUGGUGAGGACAGCCACUUCGUCUACGGGAAGAAUGAGACUUACCCCGGACAUAACUUCAACCACCAUCUCAUUCCUUUCAAAGCGGCUAUCGCUGCGGGCGCCCGCCAGAUGAUGCCGUACUACAGUCGUCCAAUUGGCACUCAAUACGAACCCGUAGGGUUUUCGUUCAACAAGGGGAUCGUAACAGACCUUUUGCGCAACGAACUCGGAUUCGAGGGUGUGGUUUUGACAGACUGGGGUUUGAUUACUGAUACCUAUCUCCUUGGUCAAUAUACGCCUGCUCGAGCCUGGGGAGUAGAGAAUCUAUCGGAGCUGGAGAGAGUCACACGCAUCCUUGAGGCCGGUUGCGACCAGUUCGGCGGCGAAACGCGCCCCGAGCUGAUCGUCCAAUUGGUCCAGGAAGGCAUCGUAAGCGAAGAGCGUCUCGACGUGUCUGUGCGAAAGCUGCUGCGCGAGAAGUUCAUCCUAGGUCUUUUCGACAACCCGUUUGUCGACCCCGAGGCUGCUGACCGGAUUGUUGGAAACGAUUAUUUCGUAAGCUUAGGCAACGACGCCCAGCGUCGCUCGUACACGCUACUUACCAACAAAAACGACACCUUGCCGCUUCGUAAGGUCGGCCUGGAAACCAAGUUCUACAUUGAAGGAUUCAAUGCAAUGUUUCUGCAAAAUCGUAGUUACGCAGUAGUGGACAAGCCCGAGGACGCUGACUACGCCCUCCUGCGGCUAGCUGCUCCUUACGAGCCGCGACUAGAUGGAAUCGAGGCAUAUUUCCACGCCGGCUCUCUCGAGUUCUCAGCUGAGGAACGGGCACGGCAAGCCGUUAUCUACUCGAAGGUACCCACUAUCGUCGAUAUGAUGCUAGAUCGACCGGCUGCGGUACCUGAGGUUGCGGAACAAGCGGUGGCCAUGCUGGCUAGCUUUGGAAGUAGUUCUGACGCGUUUCUCGACAUCGUAUUCGGUGUUGCUGAGCCCGAAGGGAAACUGCCGUACGAUUUACCGCGUUCGAACAAAGCUGCUGAGGAGUCUUUUGAAGAUGUACCGUUCGAUACUAGAGACCCGGUGUUCAAAUUUGGGCAUGGGUUAAUAUACGCGGAUCGGGGAGGCACUUAGUUAUUUGGCAAUUUGGAUAUCAGAGAAGUACUUGGAAGGAGAGGCUCUAAGUAAUAGGUAAAUAAUUCAAUAAUUCCAAUGUGUUAGGUUUCUAUGUUUUUUGGGGGGGGGAUAUAGCUUCCGAGCCGUGUUUACUGUCGUAUAGAGAGAAAAUGCAAGGACAUGCAUGUGUUUAUAAACAAAGCUAUCAGAACUCAGGUUAACGUAGCAAACUCUAAACUUCUAUAUAAACACCGCUGUACAGCGAGGUUACAAUCUAGCAUGGAUAUUACUAGAAGGCAAAAAUGAAAACUAAAACAACGAG